AUGAAGUUCUUGUUACUGAAUUUAAAAAUAAUCAAAAAUUGUGGAUUAAAAUAUAAACAAUAUAACUAGAUAGGAAUGGAUAUAAUUUAUGUUAUAUUAGUGAUACACUUUUUACAUUUUAACCUAAUGAAUUGGAAAUCAUGUAUAUCUAUGAAUUUGAUCAUCAUAAAGAAUAAUUUAUUAAAACUAAAUAAGUAAAAAUUAAGUCUGGUGAUAAUAGAUGUGAUUUCUUUCCUUAAUAAAGAGAAAUAAAUACUUUUACAUAAAAAUGGAAGAACUAUAAAUAUUAUAAAAACUAUUGAUAAUCGUGAAUUUAUUCCUGUUUAAUAUAUAGAAAAAUAGUGA